AUGAAUUGUAAGAUGAAUAAGGCUGUCCCUGUAAGAACUCAUGUAUUGCACAUGAUUGAAUUAAUGCAUAAGGCAGAGACACGUGAGGCUAUCAUUGACAAGAGGACUCAAAUGAGUAUGAUACUUGAGUUGUUAUCUCCUUGCUUCAAAGCUUUCAUCACAAACUAUGUGAUGAAUAAGCUAGAGUUCAACAUGACUCAAUUGUUGAACGAGGUGACCGUGUUUGAAAACCUUAACAAGGAUAAGUCCAGGAAAGGUGAAUCAAACAUUGUUGAAGCAAAAUCCAACUCUCCUUCUUCUUCUGAUAAGAAAAGGAAGUGGAAUUAUAACAUAACAGCGGAGGCAAGCCCAUAG